UUUUGAUUACAAGUGAAGAUGGGGUGGUGCGGACAGGUGAACCCGCUUCUAUCAUUUUCGAGGUUCAUUCAUCAACACUGCGUCCGUUUAGGGACUGAUAUUGCAACUCGAUUGGAGGACACGAAGCGAGUUGUGGGAACCCUAGCUCAAGCUCAAGCUCAUCCCCUAUUUUCAUUGGCUCACCCCAAACAUGCCCUUGCCGCUACAUUGAGUUCCCAGCACGUGGCUAAGUCCCUUGCCGGCACUUCUGUUUACACCGUCAGCAAUUCCAACAACGAGUUUGUUCUUAUCUCUGAUGCCGACGGAGCCAAGUCCAUUGGAUUGCUUUGUUUUCGCCAAGAGGACGCCGAAGCCUUCCUUGCUCAAGUUCGAUCACGGAAAAGAGAACUUCGAAGCAAUGCUAGGGUUGUCCCCUUAACUCUUGACCAGGUAUAUAUGUUGAAGGUUGAAGGCAUUUCAUUCCGAUUUUUACCCGAUCCAAUUCAAAUAAAGAAUGCUUUGCAGCUCAGACCAGCCAAUAAGGGAGGUUUUGAUGGAGUUCCCGUUUUUCAGUCAGACCUUUUGGUUGUGAAGAAGAAGAAUAAGCGUUACUGCCCUGUAUAUUUCUCUAAGGAAGAUAUUGAGCAGGAGCUAUCCAAGAUUUCCAGAGCAUCCAGAGGACCUGGAGUUUCUCAGCAUAUAAUGGUUGGCAGCUUCGAAGAUGUACUGAGAAAAAUGGAGAUGAGUGAAACGAGUUCAGGAUGGGAGGAUUUGAUUUUUAUUCCACCAGGGAAAAGUCACUCUCAACACAUACAAGAAAUUAAUCCGGAUGCAAACUUAAGCUAACCAUAGUUUUUAUGUGGUUUUCUUGAGCAAAUUGGAUGAUAUAGUUGUAACUUUCUAGUCAGCUGGUGAGAUGACAGGACCUCUUUCUUCCAAAUAGUAGUGUUCUUCCUUCUUGUCUUCUCAAUAGAAACUCCUUCUGAUGCCGAUACUGCUUUAAAGAUUCCCAGUGGAUAUAAGGUAUAUGUGAUUCUGAGAGGACAUAACAACUAACGUCCUUCAUUUAAGAGGUCGAUGGAACCACCAUUGUUGAGUGUAUUAAAUACUAAAUGUGUGAGAGGUGUUCCUAUUCAUACAUGUACUCUUUGCUUAUUUUGGCACUAGCUGUAAUGCUACUCCUUGAAUUCUACUUUUUUGAGUUCAGGGGAGAGAAUGGUCUUCAUUUACAUUUGUUAUCUAGAUUAUUUUUUCUUUCUUUUGAUGG